CUCACCCUGCCCCAGGCUCGAUGCGGGCCGGCGCUGGCCAUGGAGAAGCUGUACCUGGCGGGGAGCAGCGCCUGGACCAUCAACGGCUCCCUGGGGAACGGCAGCCUCCGGCUGGGGAACCUGAGCGCCGGCAGGAACGGCACCGCCGACCCCCUGAAGAGGAACGAGGACAUGGCCAAGGUGGAGGUGACGGUCCUGUGCCUCAUCCUGUUCCUUGCCCUGACCGGCAACCUGUGCGUGCUGCUGGCCAUCCACACCACCCGCCACAAGCACUCCCGCAUGUACUUCUUCAUGAAGCACCUGAGCAUCGCUGACCUGGUGGUGGCCAUCUUCCAGGUGCUGCCCCAGCUCAUUUGGGACAUCACCUUCAGGUUCUACGGGCCAGACUUCCUCUGCCGCUUGAUCAAGUACUUGCAGGUAGUGGGAAUGUUCGCUUCCACCUACAUGCUCCUGCUGAUGUCCCUGGACCGGUGCUUGGCCAUCUGUCAGCCGCUCAGGUCCCUGCACAGGAGAGCUGACCGGGUCUCUGUCCUCCUCACCUGGCUGCUGUGCCUGCUGGUCAGCAUCCCUCAGAUCCACAUAUUUUCUCUAAGGGAUGUGGGGAACGGGGUUUAUGACUGUUGGGCAGAUUUCAUCCAGCCCUGGGGACCGAAAGCCUACGUUACCUGGAUCACCCUCAUGGUUUAUAUCAUCCCCGUGUUGAUGCUGAGCAUCUGCUACGGCUUAAUCAGCUUCAAAAUCUGGCAGAACGUGAAGCUGAAGACGGCUCACGGGCCCGGCGUGGGUCUGGGCUCCGGCUCCCGCGGCGGGAUGGUGUUUGCCAGGGUCAGCAGUACCAGGCUCAUCUCUAAAGCCAAGAUCCGCACGGUCAAAAUGACCUUUAUCAUCGUGCUGGCCUUCGUAGUGUGCUGGACUCCCUUCUUCUUCGUGCAGAUGUGGUCCGUGUGGGACACCAACGCCCCGCAGGAAGCCUCCCCGUUCAUCAUCGCCAUGCUCCUGGCCAGCCUCAACAGCUGCUGCAACCCCUGGAUCUACAUGCUCUACACCGGGCACCUCUUCCACGACCUGAUGCGCCGCUUCCUCUGCUGCUCCAGGCGCUGCCUCAAGUCGCGGCCGGCGUGUGACCUGAGCAAGAAGAGCAACUCCUCCUCCUUCGUGCUCAGCUGCAGGAGCACCAGCCAGAGGAGCUUCGUGCAGCCGUCCACGACGUGAGGCCGCUGCUCCGGGGCCGUGCGCCUCUGCUGCGCUGCCUCCAGGACCUCCCUGGGGAGAGCUGGACCCGGGCGAGGAGGGCGUGUGUGAACAGGCGUAGAUACGGCUGCAAGCACCUACCGAGGGCCUGAUUUAACUGAGACGGGAGUGGGGGAGCAAUUCCGUGUCCAAAUUUCAGCGCCGCCUGGGAUUGGACAGCAGGAACCCGCUCCUGAGCCCCAAACCCUGACACCGGCGGCUUGUGGAUGCCACCGGGAGGGACAAAUGAUGCCCGGGGGAUGGGAGGGGCUGCUGCAGCGCAGGGAGAUGGGUGUCACCCCGCUGCAGGGCUCGGCACGGUCCCGCCCCCGCCCGCAGCAGGAUCCUGCGCGAUGCCAGCGCCUGGCACCGCGCUCAGCACAGGAGCGCUUGCUUCGCUUGGGGCAGGGGCAGCCCCAUCCCACAGCACUGCAGCCCUGCAGCCCUGCAGCGUGACAGCCUGGCAGCCCUGCAGCCCUGCAGCCCUGCAGCCUGACAGCCUGGCAGCCUGACAGCCCUGCAGCCCUGCAGCCUGACAGCCCUGCAGCCCUGCAGCCUGACAGCCUGACAGCCUGACAGCCCUGCAGCCUGACAGCCCUGCAGCCCUGCAGCCUGACAGCCUGACAGCCUG